AUGGUUACUGUUCACCGGUCGCACGUUGUAAUUCCCUUUGAAGACACACCAUCUUCGAUUUUAUCACUUUCCCACUGUGAUCAAAUCAAGCUCCCCACCCAUGGAUCUCAACUUUAUCUCUACGCCAACACAUGCAUCAACAAUUCUUCCUUCAAAAUCUUGAUGCACACUCUUUCAACCUCUCUUAGCAAAGUACUCACUCACUACUACCCCUUUGCGGGUAGAUUGAGAUGGAUCCAGGGUGGCCGCAUGCAACUCCUUUGCAACGCCAAAGGGGCACUUCUCGUGGAAGCCUCUUGUGAUCAUCAACUCAAGAUGGAGGAUUUGGGUGAUUUCGCUCCCAGCCAUGUUGUGGAACAACUUGUGCCAAAAAUUGACUAUGAUGUCCCAAUCGAAGAAAUACCCUUGUUGGCGGCGCAGCUAACAAGGUUCCCAUGUGGUUCCCUCAUACUGGGACUGGCCAUGUGUCGUGCUCUAGUUGAUGGGGCUUCUGUUUCUGGUUUCGUUAAAUCGUGGGCCAAACUCGCUAGAGGAGAGAGUUUAGAUUCUAGUUUGAUGCCAGUGCUUGAUCGAACUUUGUUAGAUUCGCGAAAACUGAAUAAACCACCGCGUUUCGAACACGUUGAGUUUUUCCCACCACCCCUUUGGACAGGUAAUUCGUUUCAACAUACCAACAUGAGACAACAACUUGUUACGGCAAUAUUGGAACUCACCAAAGGCCGAGUUGAGAAAUUGAAGAAGAAAGCUUGUGACUUUGGCGAACGUCGACCUUUUACUAGUUUUGAGGUCAUUAGUGGUCACUUGUGGAGGUGUGUUUGCAAGGUGCGUUAUGUGGGUAAUGGGGAUCAACCAACGAGGUUGACUACAUUGGUCAAUUGUAGAAACCGUUUAAGCCCAUCUCUUCCCAAGGCUUAUUUUGGGAAUGCAACAUUUCCAACUGUGACACCAACUUGUUCAUUUGAUGACAUCAUGCACAAGCCUCUGAGUUAUGCUGUUGGUAAACUAAGGGAAGCAAUUGAGAGAAUGAAUGAUGAAUAUGUAAGGUCUGCUCUUGACUAUAUAGCAAAUUUGAAGGACAUGCAUUUGUUAAGGAACACAUUUUACAACUCUUCAGGAAAAGGAAAAUUUAAUGGAGACCCGAAUCUGUAUGUGGUGGGUUGGACCAAUUUUUCAUACUAUGAUACGGAUUUUGGGUGGGGGAAACCUUUGUGUACGCUUCCAGGGAACGUAAAUUCUGAUGGUAAGGCUUUCCUUAUGGACAAUGCUAGGGGUGAUGGCUUCAUUGUAGCCAUUUGUUUGCAAGCAUCCCAUAUUGAUGCUCUGAAGAAGUUGUUUUACGAGGAUAUAGACAAGCCUAGUGCCAAAUUGUGAUCCCAAGCAUCCCUGGAUUUGCUAUAUGUUCUUAGUUUCAACUGAAAUUGAUUCUGUGAUUUAGUUGAUGAUGUUCUUGAGCAGUAUUUAGUAUCACACACAUGAAGGUGAGUUGU